AUGCUUCACCUCGUUGCCGUAUCGCUCCGAUCCCUCGUCGUGCUGAGUCUCGUUGCAACACGCACCCGAGCGCUUUUUUAUCCGCCGAAUGCCAUCCAGCUCUCUCCUUCAUCUGCUGACCCUCCAGCGCAUGAUACUCCUACCGCUGCCCAUCGCCCGGCUGAAAUCGAGACAAGUUUCGGUACUAUCGCACGCGGAUACAUCAUCGAACUCGAGCCCUCGACUUCGCUAGCAGACUGGAGGAUUUGGGCACAGCAGACCCGACCGCAAAGCACACCAUCCUAUUCCGCGUCCACUUCCUCACCGCAAUCGACUUCUGCACAGCCCGAGCCAACACCAGCCUCUUGGAGCAGUGUCUUUCUAUCGCGCCUGCUGCCACGAUCAGCCUUUGCUGCUCAAAGGUCAGACUCCUCCACGGAUCCGGCAUCCAAGCGCGCUACGCCGAGUGAUGUCAAUGCUGAAGGAGCACCUGGCUUAAGCUUUGAAGUUCGCCACGAAUUCGAUAAUCCUACUCUACUCUACGGGCUGUCUAUUAGGGUCAUUGGCUACUCUGCCACUUCACAAUCAGCUAACAUGACGGGAGGCGCCAGCAGCGACACCAAUGCUUUUUGGUCGCCGCUCAAAGAUACUCAAUUGCUGAAAGCUAUCAAGGGUGUGAUCCGAGUUAGUCCGAUCGCCCUAGUACCUGCUCCGGGGCCUUACGACGGCAUCGAGCAAAUCGCCUCAAUCAACGCUUCGACCGCUGCUUCAGACUCGCGCAAGGGCCCUUUGGACACCAUUGGAGCAACUGCAUUGCACGCCGAAGGUAUCACAGGAUCUGGUGUACGGAUUGCCAUCAUCGAUACCGGUGUCGACUGGCGGCAUCCAUACCUAGGCGGAGGUUUCGGGCCGGGCUUCCACAUCUCCUUUGGAUAUGACCUUGUUGGCGAUGACUUCGACGGCCUCAACGACGGCGUCGCUGACGGAGACCCAUUCUCUAGUUGUGCACCUCACGGCACCCACAUUGCCGGCAUCUUGGCCGCGACGACUCCGACUGAUCCUGCUCAAGCGGACAAGAGCUUCAAAUUUAGUGGAGUCGCUCCAGACGCUCAGGUUGGCGUUUAUCGUGUCUUUGGGUGCCAAGGAGGCACCGCUAGUGACAUUGUCAUCAAGGCUUUGCAGCUUGCGUACGAGGAUCGGGCCGACAUUAUCACGGUAAGGAUCAUCGAAGGUAAACGCCCCGGCAGAGGCGCUGUGCUGAGUCUAGAUUAAGCCCUUGAUACCAGAUAUCCAUUGGUGCGCCCGCCGGCUGGACGGAUACGCCCAUUGCCAGGAUGAUCAACAGGAUCUCACGCAAAGGUCGCAUGGUCACAGUGUCGGCGGGCAACGAUGGCGAUGUUGGACUCUUCUUUCAAAGCACCCCUUCAGUAGCUACAACAGCGCUCUCCGUCGGCAGCACCAACAAUGCUUUCCUAACCACGUACAACGCGACGUUCUUGGAUGGUUUGGAGCCUCCGAUUGUAAGCACCGCGAGCUACUACUUCUUUACUGCGCAGACUUUACUAAUUCGGGCUCGUUCACUCUAGCCUUACUUUGCAGCCGUGCCGUUCAACGCUCACGAUCUGGCCGUUUGGCCAUUUACUGACAGCGCCUCCCCACACAUGCUGCUUGAUGGAUGUGGGCCCCUUCCCGAUGACGCGCCUCCCGACUUCACCAACGUUGUUGUGCUGGUGACGCGGGCCGGCUGCUCGCUCGUCGCAAAGUAUCGAAAUUUGGCUAAGAAUGGCAUCGACUACGUGCUGCUCGCGAAUAGCGGCCUGUCUCCAUUCUAUGCCACCACUAGUGGCAUACGAAGCGUCGCGCUGGUUGAGGCCGUUGACGCGCAACGGGUGAGCGCUUGCACCUAAGACAUCGCAAUGUUACUUCCGGCUGACCCUAUGCGUCGAUGCUUGCGCAGCUUGUAGACCACUAUGUUCAAGACAAGCGGGUGACGCUCAGUUUUCCCGCCUAUGGACCGUUGGCGACGCCGAACAAAUACAGUGGUAACACGAUCUCAAGCUUCUCAUCUUAUGGACCAACCUACGACCUGCUAUCUACGCCGAACAUUUGUGCGCCUGGCGAUCGAAUCCUAAGCACUUGGCCUAUAGACGCUGGAAGAUGGGCUGUCUUGUCCGGGACCUCUAUGGCAACGCCGCACAUCGCUGGCUCCGCUGCGCUCCUGCUUCAAGCAGCCCGCAGUGGAAUUUGGCAGACUGCGUCAAGCCAGAGCGAUCAGGAAUCGCCAUUGGGUAUCGACUUGGGUCGACAGAUUUUCAAUCGCCUGCGAAGUAGCGCUACGCCAGCGUCCAAUUCCACUCGUGGAGGACGUCUAGAAACGUUGGCAAAACAGGGCGCUGGAUUGGUCGAUGCGUACGCAGCUGUGCACAACCUCAUGACGGUGCGUUGUCGAGGCCGUGUGCGGCUGAGUUUGCCAUCGCUGAAGCGCAGUCCAUUAACGCAGGUGGCCCCCGCCCUUCUACUUUUGGAUCCUGUCGAGGCAUAUCCAGCACAGCGCACGUUUGUGUUCACUAAUGAUGCGUCGUCUAGUCGCAACUUCUCGAUCACCCAUGAGCCCGCGGGCGCAGCCCUUACUUACGCUUCUGUGAGUCAAGCCGCUGAUUCAUAGCCUCCUUACGUGUAAGCUGACUUCUGACUGUGGGCAGGGGGCUGCAUACCCAAACGAUGGCCCAGUGCCUCUCGACGAUGAGCAUCUUGAAGUUCAGAUGACACCAAGGGCUUUCUCGCUUGCGCAGGGCGCCAACAUUACAAUCACUGUGGACUUCAGUCUACCAAUGGAUUCUUUCGAUCACAAGACGUUUCCCAUCUUUUCGGGAUACCUGCGGAUUGCGCCCACCGUCACAUCUGAAGCUGGCUUGACAACCAGCGCACAGUCCGGUCUUAUUGCAAACAUGUCCCAUCCCCACGAGACGAUUUCGGUAUCUUACUUGGGGACUGGCACUCCACUUUCAGAGAUGCAGGUGCUUGACCGAGGGCUCAGGCUAUCGACCUCUGACACGGCGCAUUCGCUGCCUGCUAUCUUGGUUGGAGGCGACGAAAAGCAGCCUCAGACGUUACCCAGGUCAUACACAUUCAGCGAUGACGACUAUCCCGUCGUCAACUUUCGUCUGCUCGCAGGAACCGAGCAGCUUCGGAUAGACCUUGUGCAGGAUCUGCAAGACGCGAACCCCGCAGGGUCGCUCGCAACUCUGCACAAUUCCAACGCAGAUCUCAAAGGCAGACCGGAGGGUGCUUCUCUGAGCACGGCUGGCGUUUCAUUCAUCGCAGACGGCAAUGAUGCUUUCGCUUCUAGGUCUUCGGAAGAAGCUACUCUAGAAGAGCAGAGCCCUGCAAUGGCGCAACUCGUAUUUCAGGCCGCGCCUGACAGCGAUCUGGGAGGCCUCGCUUGGAGAAGAUCGAUGGAAGGCGCUUGGACUGCUUCCACUUUCAUGGCUGCGAACUCCGAGAUGGAGCGACAAAGUACGAAAAAUGAAUUCCUCGAUGGACAGCCGACCGCCUCACGUGUGAUCGGAGCGAUCGCAGAGGCUUCGGGUUUACCACGUAGCUCCGAAUCUGGGGCGUAUAGCUCUUAUGAGCUGCUAUGGGACGGAACGAUUGCCGGCACACCGGUCACCGCUGGAGAAUAUCGAUUGCGGCUGAGUGUCCUCAAGAUAGGCAGGGCUGCUCCGAGCGCAGAAGAAGACGUUGCGCAGGUUAGCGACAGCUUCGAAAUUUGGUACUCACCGCUCGUCAGAGUCGAAAGAGGCAUCGCAGGUUCCAUUGGGUCGAAGAUCAAGCCAAGCUAG